CAAUAUGGCGCUGAUCAAGAGUGAAGAUUUUUUUGCCCAGUGCAACUCUUCCGUUGCCGUGUAAACAGAACGCUAAAAAACAUUAGUUUGGGCUCGCAUUUGUUGUUUUCAAAUAGCAACCAAUCUCCGUUCUGUGAACAAUAAGAUUCCGACAUGUUUGUGAUUUGAUCUACAUAUCUCCCUCCCUAUGGGCAGUGUCAGGAGAUAAUUAGCCCAUACACCUGACGCGCGAUUUCAUUCGUUAGCCAAUUUUAAAGUGAAUCUAUUUAAAUUGAGAAGCCAAGCAUUUCGACAUUCUUCUUAUGUCACUCUUAGGCUGACCAGUUUGUUGAGCAGCAAGUAUAUGCUGUACAAGUGUUAAAAUGGAAGAUAUUCAAUCGUGGUAUGAAGUCCCAAGCAUUGCUCAUUUCUGUUCACUGUUUAGGGCAGCGUUCAGUCUUGUGGACUUUGAUAUUGAGGAACUCGAGGAAGCACUUUUGACUGAUGGAGCUGAAGACAUGGGCAGCAGCCUUAUUCAAGACUUGAUUGUGCGAUUGUUGAAUGGUUGUAUGGGCACUGGUGAUGUGACUUCCUCCAAUUAUCAAAUGUUCCUUCGCCGCCUCUUCAGGCAAAAGUUCCAAGACGGGAAGAAAAAUCCCUUCAAUUCUGAUGUGGACUUUCGUUUCCUUCCUUUGAGGACAAAAGUGGAAAUACUGCAUUUUUUGUGCGAUUGUCGACUUGAAGCCGAUGAUGUGAUGGAAGUGUUGAAAAAUUUGGAAGCCGAUAGCCUAAGAGUUGAACCGCUGGGAUACGAUGACAACAAGGCAGCGUACUGGUAUUUUUACGGUACACGGCUUUACAAGGAGGAAAACGCGCUUAUUAAUGAAGAAGAAGAGGUGGAUAAAUCGAAAAAGAAGGGCAAGAAAAAGCUGGGCAAAGAAAUCGCGCCUGUACGUGGACCAUGGACGGUUGCGUGUUUUACGGAAGAAGAUUGGAGUGAAUUGUGUGAUUCAUUGUCAAUAGCAACUUCAAAAAAUGAAAAAAAUUUAUAUCGUACUCUGAAGGAGGAUUUUUUGCCAGAAAUCCCUAAUCUAUUUGCAGAAAAAGAGCGCCAACAAAGGAAACGAAUGUCCGAUGCCGCUCCACGUCGAGCAUCAACCCGAAUCGAAAAGUUAAAACAACAACGUGAAGAACAAGAUCGAAUUGUAGCGGUAGCAAUACAAGCUGAAUUACUUCAUUCCGAAACAAAUGCUGACGAUGACCACAACAGUAAAGAUGACGUUGUUGUUACUCCACCAGAGGCCCCACCAAAGUCCAAGUCCAAGAAAAUUGAUGAGGAUGAAUGGUUAAUGCUAAGAAACAAAGCGGAUCGAGCUACCCGUGCCCUACUCCGCGAAAUUUCUCGUGAUAAUGUGGAUCUCUUUAGCAGUUUCGAAUCGACCAGGAGUGUUCCGACUCGGACCAGUAGUGUAGAUUCAUCUGUUUUAGAAAAAGCCACGGAAAAAACGGAUAGGAGUGAUAUAACUGUGGAAAAGCCUGCCAAGAAAGAGACAUCGUUGUCAGAAAAAAACCAUAACCCAGAGAAAAUGGAACGUUCUACCUCAAACAAACCGUCUAAAACGCCUAAGCAAGAAUCUGAAAACAAGCCAAUAAAGAAGUCAGAGCGACCCGAAAAGAAUGUUGUUGAAAAAUUCGAUACGAAAUCCAAUAAGAAUACAACCGUCGCGGGAGAUACCAACAAUACCUUGGCAGCUAAAAGUAACAGUAAAAAAGGAAGGCAGACUAACAAUUCUCUUUCGUCCGUCAUCGAUACCACCAUGAAUCACGUUGAGAAUGGGGGCGUUAAAUACCGAAGGGUUGUCACUGCGUUGAGUGCUACCACAGACGAGGCCAAAAUUGGCAUGUACAAAAUUCUGGAGCAAAUCAAGAACCAUCCUGACGCUUGGCCGUUUCUGGAUCCAGUCGACGAGGACUUUGCGCCAGAUUAUUACACUAAAAUCAGCCAACCGAUGGAUCUGGAAAAAAUGGAACAACGGGUUUCUACAAAGUACUACCAGUCGGUCAACGAGUUUAUGUCGGAUUUUGAUCUGAUCGUUGAUAACUGUAAAAAGUACAAUGGACCCGAAAGCGAGUACUCGUUUAUGGUCGAAAGCUUGGCCGAUGAGUUUCGCGUGCUGUCCUCAAGAUAUCUCAAUUCAGUUUAUGAACCCGAUCCGAUACCCAGCGGUUCCGAGUCGGAUUGUAGCACUGCAUCUGAUGAAUCUAAUCAUCAGAAACACAAGUCUGGAGUUCCAGAUGCGAGGAAGAGGGGUGGUCUCAUGAAACUAGCUCAGGCUUUUUCCGGAUCGGGAAAUCGAUCUAAUCCUAAAUCUACUACAACCGCAGCCAACAAGGUCAAACUGAAAACUGAGGAUGUGUGGGAUACGCCAUCGCCAGACUCCUCCGAACCUGAUUCAAAGAACAGGAAAACAAACAAACCCAAGGUCCAGGAAAAGAUUGAUAAGAAAAAAGGCAAGAUCAAGAAACCUAUUGCUGGAGGUCGAAAUCUCGAAGCCUUGAACGCCCUGGCAGCUGCAACGGAACAAACGCUAAAAGACAUGAAAAAAUGGCUUGACGACACGCCCAAAUUUCCUGAAUAUUCAUCUGGUAACAGCUCCUCUGGUGAAAAAGUGACACCAGAAGAGUUUGAAACACUUUCCGUGAGUGUCGAAGAAGAAUAUAGAAAACAAGGACGAGGGAAAAGUGAGUGUGCAUCACCAUCCAAAUCUCCCAAGAAGAACAAGUCCGAGCAGCACAAAAAGAAAGGGUUACUCAUUUUGGCAAGCAAAGGUCGAUUGCCUGUCGAGAGCAAAGAAGAGCACGACACGCUAAUGAAACGCAAGAAGAAGAAGCUGAAAAAGGAAAAAUUGAUGGACAGCUUAUUCGAGACACCUUGCGACAAGGUGGCAAAAGAAACACCUCCAUCACCCCCACCACCUCCAACUGGGGAUAAUGGGAAAAGUGCGUCUAAUGUGGCAAAAGAGAAAGAAAAACCAGCCCGUAAACCAUUUGAUCGUCUUCAACCUGGUGGAAAAUCCAAAGUCUCCAAAGUGAGUCGUCCGGACGAAUCGAAACUAAGUUCUGUGAUAGCCAAAAUAAAAGAAAGCAGAAGCAGUGCUCUACAGAAACAGACGGAAACUAUACAAAAAGCUCAGUUGAGUUUAGGCACCGUGCUGUUGAGUGACAUAGGUUCCAAUCGAACUCUAGAGGAAAAAGAGCCUGCGGAAGUUGAAGAAUCCGCUAAACAAGCUGAACAAGAGAACCCGGUAGCUGAGCCUACUGAAGUUGUCGAACCGAAAGUAACGGAACCCGUCGCUGAAGUGAAGCAUAGUGCCACACCAAAUCUAUCUGCUUGGUUUCGAGCUUUUGGAGCGCCUAAGAAUCCGAUUAAGCGGCAAAUAUCAGAAACUCAUGAAACUAGGACCCAGGGUCCACCUGCCAAAAAAGGAACUGGACAGCCUCAAGAAGGCAAUAAAGACUUGCCCUGGUAUGCACGUUUGGAGAAAAAAGAUCCGCCGAUUGGGAAGUUGGAGCCGGUUCCCACCCAAAAAGAAGUGAUGAGCGAAGAUAGUGCUGCUGAAGAGAGUCGACACAUGAUGGAUCCAUCAAGCCCGGCUGAUAGCCUCGGAAGUAUCAACUCGCCAGCGUCUGCUGAGAGUAUCAGAUCGCCUUCGACGCCAGGUGGUGGCUGGGGUGGACAAAACAAUCGUUACUCAGCCGCUGAUAAUCCUGCAAUACGCUCUCCCCUCACACCUGAAACUCAAUCGUUCAGCCCGUCGGUGCCCCUGCAUCCGAUCAAAGUGGGUUUCUAUCAAGACAUGCAAAAAGGGGCCUCGCCCAUUCAUGUUAAAAGCCCGAGCUGUCAUAGUAACAGUAGUGGAACCGGACCUAAUUCGCCUAAUGACCAUGUACUUCAGAGUGAGACACUUCGACCACCUUUGAUGGAACCACAUCAUCCACAGCAACACCCAUCCCAACCGCAACAGUCCUCUGCGCCACAGCCAGUACCAACACAACACAUUCAACCAGCGUUCCAAGCAGAAACUAGUCAUAGGGUAGUUGCCGAACCAGAAAAACAAACAGACUCUUACCCACUGAAAAAGAGAUCAACUCCAGGAAUGGCACACAUUUCACCCAGUCCAAUAGUUACUCCUACACCGAUUCAUGCCGUUCGACAGCCUGGACCCCAGGUGCACGAUCCGCGCAUUAUGAAUCAACCACAAACCAAUUUUAGCAAUUUUAGCCCAGCUGAUUAUACUGGUGUACGAUCAGGACAUCCGGGUCACCAUGCACCACCGCAGCAACAGCCUCAAUCGAUACCGCAACAGCAGCAGGAAUCGCAGCCCAAUCUCGGCCAAUACAACCAGUAUUCUCAUUAUGGUCAGAAUGUUGCCAACCCGUUACCCGGAAAUCUGGCCAGCUUAUCGCAAAUCGUAGCCCGGAUUCCAGCUGGAACGGUUGCUACACAUGCCCCCAACCCCGAGAUUGCGCAACCACAAUUUAAUCAGCACCAUCAACAGCAGCAGCAGCACCAUUCCAAACGAAGUCAUGCCCAGCAGCAGCAACAACAACAGCUACAGCAACAACAACACCAGCAACAACAGCAGCAGCAGCAUCUACAACAACAACAGCAACAACAACAGCAGCAGCAGCAGCAACAGCAGUCCAUCCCAAUUCCGAUGACAACCAACAUGGGUUACUCCUAUCCAUCGCAAUCCGCUUCAGCUGCGUCAUCGGCUGAGCGAAACAGCAGUUUAGUUUCGGCGAGUCCUGCGUUUUCUGGGUCACAAAUGACGCAAAGCCCUGCCACAUCUAUUUCAUCGAGUCGGUCAUCGGGUGGCAACUUGCAAGACACGCCGUCUCACAUGAUGACGUACAAUAACGCAGCCGCCGCAGCUGCGGCAGCAGCGGCGGCUUAUUCGAACCAACCCGGUUCUUUCUAUGCCCAGGCCAAUCCUGCGUACAGAGGCCAGCCACAACCUAUCCAGCAGCCACAGCAACAGCCACCACAGCAACAUCAUCCACCUCAGACACAACCUCAGCCACAGCAACACCAACAGCAGCAACAUUCACAACAACAACAACAAGUUUCCCAUCAGCAACAGCAAGCUCCGCAGCAACCACAAAGUCGACCUAGUCAAGUAUUUCAUCACGGAGCAGGACUCAACAGUUUCGAACCGGGCAAUCACAAUUUCAUGUGGAAUACCCGGCCCGAACAGGUUCCAGCCAACGCCCCAGCAGUGUCAACGCCCAACACUCCAUACGGACGUGCGGCAUCGGGAAGCAACCCGUUCCCUUCGAGUCUCGGUUAUGAUCCGCAUCAUCACCAUCAUCAUAUGGGAGGAAGUUUACUGUUUAGUGGGCUCGAUCCAUUAGCUGGUAAUCCGAGCAUGUUUGGCCGGAAUCCAUUAUCGCGUCCCACGCCCCCUUGGGCCCCAUCUUUGACACUGGACAAUAACAUACCUUCUACUGCAGCGUCAAAUCGAACGCAACAGCAGCAGCAGCAACCUAAUGCAAGCGUUGCUCCACAAUCCCGAACUUCACAAGCAAGAGAAAAAUCUCGCCCGGCUGUUGUGGAAUCAGCUCCGGCUCCCGCUCCCGGUAGCGCCUUUAAUUACAAUGUGCAAGGACUAGCUCCGCCAUCAGCGGCUGGAACCGGUAAUAACGUUGCAGGAAAUGAUAACCUCCCGGCUUCGCUGUACGAGAGGCAUAGAGGGGCAUCGCAGACUGCACCAUCAGCGUCUGGUCUUCCACCACCGGCUCACCAAGGUUCCUCAUUGUCUGCACAUCACCAAUACGCAGCAGCAUCUGGAAACCAUCAUUUUGGUCCUGGGACUCCCGGCUUGAAUAUGACGCCAGCUUUUGGCGAUUUCCAACCUCCUCCUUCUCAUCCACACCAUCCAUUGGCCGAGCACGCACAAUCAUCGGCGUUGUAUCAACAGUUGCAGCAUCGCCAACAGGAGGAACUGUUGUUGAGAAACCCUCAUCAUCCUUCAAUGAUGCUCCAUCAGCCGGGCUUGCUGGGCUCGCCCGCCGCAUACCCUCCAACCUUCUCGUCGGGUCUCGGCCUGCAACAGCCCUUCCAGGGUUGGCUCUGAAGGGUUUUCAUUAUCAUCCUUUUUUUUUCCUUAAUAUUUUUCUCAUAAUUCAUAUGCGACAAAUUUUUACAUAAUAUUUUUUUUCUUCAAGACGCCACCGCCAUUUAGAAGCGUACAGAAUCGGAGUAAGCUAAAGAAAUCCUGUUUUAUAGUUCUUUUAUUUCUUUUUGAAAAAGUUCAAUUCUCUGCGGAUCGUGAAAGCCAAUCUGAUUUUUUGUUGUUUGAUAUUGAUAAACAUAAUUUGCCAAUUUCGGUACGAAAUUGAUAGUUGAUAAACACAUUGGUUGAUUGCUUUAUUUUUUAAAAUCACCAUCGCCUCAAAGGUACAUGUUGCGUAUCGUGCGUUACGUGUUAUUAGCCAUCGUUUGCAUGUGUGGCAGUUUUCUCUUGUUUCUUUUUGUACAUAGGUGACGCUGCUGACUAUCGAAGAAAAUUUCGUGUUGAAAAUAGAUUUAAAAGAUUUUCACUUUUUAAGCGAUAACGUUCUUCGGAAUUUUUGGAAUCAUUUUUUUUUUUAUUCGGUGGUGUGGACUGUUGUUCAUGUUAUUUGUUAAAGACGCGUUAUGUGACUGCUUGUAUGUUCGUGCGAUUAUGUCUGUACAGAAUUUGGAUUUUUUUCUUUAUCAAAAUUUUGACAAAAAUAACCCAAGCUCCCGCCGACAACAUCAUAAUCGUGUUAUACAUCUAUAUUGUAUAUGUCAUAAAACGGAAAUUAGAGUUGUUUUAAAACCUCGACUAAAAACAGGAGGCAGGAUGUGAAAGUGAAUUAUCUGAAAGUAUCUUGUUGAGUUGUUUGUUCUUAUAAUUUGCCUUCGUGAUUUGUAUAUUGCGAGAAAUACACACCCUUUCUUUGGUACACUACAACCAAAAUAGAUUGCCAUAUUCAA